UCUAAAAAUCCAAUUUUAUAAAAAUGACACUCAAAGAAAAAAUGUUUUCAAAGGACAAAUUUGAACGACCACUUCGUGGAAUUAAUGCUGUUUUGUUAGGACCACCUGGUAGUGGAAAAGGCACACAAGCACCAAUAUUAAAAGAAAGAUAUUGUGUUUGUCACUUAUCAACUGGCGAUAUGUUAAGAGCAGAAAUUCAGUCAGAGUCUAUACUUGGUAGACAAGUUAAGAAAGUUAUGGAUGAUGGUAAAUUAGUUGAUGAUGAUUUAGUUGUUAAUAUGAUUGAUAAAAAUCUUGAUAAGCCUGAGUGUAAACGUGGUUUCCUUUUAGAUGGUUUUCCACGAACUGUAAUUCAAGCAGAAAAGUUAGACGAAAUGCUUGAAAAGAGAAAAACUAAACUAGAUGCUGUGAUUGAAUUUGGAAUCGAUGAUAGUUUAUUAAUUAAAAGAAUUACUGGACGUUUAAUUCAUCCCAGUAGUGGAAGAUCAUAUCAUGAAGAAUUUGCACCCCCAAAAGUUUUUAUGAAAGAUGAUAUAACUGGUGAAACAUUAAUAAAAAGAUCUGAUGAUAAUAUUGAAGCACUUAAUAAACGUCUUACUUCUUACCAUUCUCAAACACAACCACUUGUUCAUUACUAUGGUAUUAGAGGUAUUCAUAAUUAUGUCAAUGCUGCAAAAUCUUGUGAACAAGUAUUCAAAGAUAUUGAUUGUAUAUUUCAUAAAGCAAUUCAAGAAGACCAAAAAAAAAACUUUUUUAGUAGAUCACUCGGUGGUCAGGAGACCAAGGUGGUUGGAUUAGACCAUACCAUCGUUUUACUGAUGGAAAGGGGGGAGGGUAUGAUUGUAGGAAUUGUUGAGCUCGUCAUGAUCCUGACAGUUGGCAGAGAAACUGCAGGCGCCGUCCGGGUGUGCAAGAGACUGUUUAACCAAAAGAAAUUUCUAAAUAUUCUCUGCAAAGACACUCUUAACUUUCUUCGUCUACCUCCAGAGAUCCUCUAA